GCUGCCCCACCAUCGACGGCUCCAGACCCACAAACACACAAGUACCAGCAAACGUGGCUCCUCCAGUGAGAAACGAUCCAUCAAGCGCCCACGUCCGCAAUCUCCAGAUCUUUCGUCACCUCUCUACUGCUUCCACUACCUCUACUAUCGAAUCUGCAAACACCACCAUGUCCGCGACAGACAGCAGAAACAUCCAAAACCUUCCUCCGCCAUGGCUGCGGGAGAAGGUGGAGAUCACGCUUCCCCAGGCGCCCUCCAACAGCAAACCCCACGCCGACUUCCAGACUAUCAUCGCACAAAACACCCUAUCGGUGAAGGAGCAGCCAUCCGUAUUCCUCGCCGGCAGCAUCGAGAUGGGCAAGGCGAUCCAGUGGCAGAACAACAUGACCGACCACCUGAAGCAUGCAGCCGUGACGGUGCUCAACCCGCGGUGCGGCAACUGGGACCCAAACACCGUCUCAGACAUCAGCGACCCUACGUUCCGCGGGCAAGUGGAGUGGGAGCUGGAGGCGAUGAACAAGGCGACCGUGAUUGCGAUGUACCUGGACGAGAACACAGUCAGUCCUAUCAGCCUGCUGGAGCUUGGGCUGUUUGCGACCAGCGGCAAGUUAGUCGUGUGCUGCCCGAAGGCUUUCUGGCGCAAGGGGAAUGUGCAAGUGAUGGCAAAGGCAUAUGGAUUCUCGUUGCUGGAGACAUAUGAGGAGUUUCUGCCCGUGGUCAAGGAGAGGCUGGGAAUCAAGACCGAAUAGGCGGAUAGACUCGAGGCUGAAUGGGCGGAUAGACUCGAGGCUGAAGGUUAUGACCUUCAGAAGGUUUGCAAGUGGCAUGGUGCAUUGGACAGGAGUUGGUGGCUUUCUG